AUGGCUCCCUUUAUGACCAAGCUCUCACUCCUCUGGCGUCCCUCCCGCACCAACGCGGGGAGCACAGCCAAGUCGCCGCGCUCCACGGACAAAUCAUUUCCUGCCGAGCCAAGAGUAGCCCGCAGCUCCACCUCUCCAGCGUCGAUACUGCACACCAGAUUCACCGCAGAUCCGCCAGAAGCCGCCUCGAUAGAAGCAUCAGACACCCAAGCUUCGCACGCGACCGAGCAGUGUCCGGAUACUUGGUGCAUCGUCCCUACCACGCCGAGGGAGAGUCUCAACGAGCCCGCGCACGGAAUAAGCAGCAGCGGCAUUCGCGGCGAGAAUGGCUACAGCAUGGCACGCCUAGCAGAUGGAUUAUUCGGCAGCUGCAGCGUGGCUAGAAGGGGUCACACCAUUAGCUUCGGCAGCAACGGAGGCCUAUCCUUGGAUGUCGAACAGUCGCUACAGGAUAACGACGACUUCCCGUCGCGUCCUGCUGACAUAGACGAAGCAGAGCCAUGGAAUAAUCUCGAUAAUGAUCGCGACCUCGAGUCGCCGUACCCGACCGCCAUUAUUCAUCGCAGCAGCACCGGCGGCAGCAGUUCCGUCGACACUGUCACGUGCGCCGCCGUCAUUCCCGCGAUCCCUAGUAGUAAGCCCGCAAGCGGCGGCAGUGCGGGCGAUGGUGCGCCGUUAUCGCCGUCGCUGGGCAACGGUCCGGUAUCGCCGCCGCCCGCCACGGCCUUCAUUAGCUCCACCCCCACCGGCGGCUCCGCGAGUGCUCGCACGCCCCGCCUGCGUGUGUCGUUCGCGCCGUUGCGCGUGGAUGACCAGAGCGCUGAUAGGCAUGCGGAGGUUGCGGCGGAGGCCGAAUCGGGGAAAGGCGGAAGGCGGAGGAACGCAGCGGCGGGGCCGGAGGAGGGGGAGACAGCGAGUGUUUCGGGCGCAGUGGCUGGCGAGGGGGGUCGAAGUUGGGAAAGCCAAGGAUGCGGGGAAAGGGCGGGCGGGAGGAGAGAUUUGUUGGGGGAGCUGGCGGGUUGGGCGGGGAAGGGGGCGGGCGAUCGGGCGACACACGAGAGCUACGACGAGUGCGCGGAAGCGACGGGUAGCGGAUUCGAAUCGCAGGGGACGGAGGCCGACGGGCGCGCGGAGGGAGGACCGCGCGGAACAACAGAACAACCGCCGGGCCCGCAAGCCAAAUCCGCGCAGCCCGGAUCAUCGCGGCAGGGUAACAAGGGGGCCCCGCGGGCGGUAGUGGGGGAGCGGCGCAAGGGGCGGCGGUUCGAGCACAUGGUGGUGACCAUUCCGGACCGGGAAGAGUACCCCGCUUUCUCCGGCGCGCGGUCGGCCACCGGGGGAAAGAGAACCGCGGAGGGCAGGAUGGAUGGCGAAUCGGGUGGGACGGCUGGUAAGGAGCGAGGAACGAGGGACGGUCCUGCAUCGGUGAGAGGAAACGGAGGAGCGGGAGGGAGGGGAGGGCGGGGAGGAGGAGGAGAGAGAGCGCCUAGCGAGGUUCCUGGGUCGUUCUCGUUUAACGCGGGCGACGAUCGCGACGAGCCUAGCCUCGAGCGCAACAUUACGUGGACCGCGGGCGGCAGUAGCAGCAGAAGCGGGGGGAAGGGCGGCAAGAGCGCGCAGGGGGAGAGCUCGUUCGCGCAACGAUCAGCGGUGACGAGGAGGGAAGAGUGGGGAGCGGAGGGGCGGCGGGGUCGAGACAGCGGCGCGGAGUGGCAGGCGGGCGAGGAGAGGAGCCGCAGCGGGAGAAUGGUAUCAGAUCCGCAGCUGAAUAAGGCCAAGACGCUCUCCGGACCGCUCACCGUGUCGCGCCGAGCAUUGGCGGCGAGCGCUCCUAGAGGCGCGGGGGAAGGCAGGAGCCGCGCCGUGCCCGUAGCCCCCACCCCCCGUUCCGCCGCCAAAGGCCUCCCGACCCCACGGGCGCGGCAAGACGUGAGUCCACCAUGGGCGGUGAACAACCCGCACGCCUCGCGCUCUUUCACUGACCGCCAAGGACCUAGCCCCGCGCGCGGGUGCGCUUCCCCGCGCUCCCGCUCGUUCAAGGAGUUGCCUGGAAGAGGCGCGCCUCCCGCCGUUCCCCAGUCCCCGUGCGCGCCUAAAGGUGGGGGGGCGGGUGCGCCCAGCAACGCGUUGUCCCCGCGAUCGCCCCCCGGUUGGUCUUCCGCCUCGGCUGCGCCUGCAGCGCGUGAUGUGUCGCUUGCUGCCGCGACGCCCCGCUCCGCGCGAGCGGGCGGAGGGACGGGGGCUGCGGGCACUGGGGGGGGAAGCGCGGGGUCGCGGAAGCAGCAGAGGGGGGCGGAGGAGAGGGAGAGGCGGAGGGAUGAGAAGGAGGAGCAGAAGAUGGCACAGGCAAUGCGAAUCAUGGAGAAGCUAAGGAGUGAGGCGAGAGGGGGUGAGGGGGAGGAGGGGGAAGAAAGGGGGGAGGAGUAUGAGGUGGAGGAGGAUGAGGGGGAGGAAUGGGAGGUGAGGUCUGUGAACAGUAUCCGGAGCAAAGGCGGUGCAGGGCAGAGGGAGAUGCAGCGCCAGGCACUGCCGCAGCAGCAGCAGCAGCAGCAGCAGCAGACAGUGGCAAUGAUGCAGGUGCUGCCACAGUUGCAUCAGGGCGAACAGCAGGCAAUGCUGGUGCAGCAGGCGCCCAUGCUUCAGUUCCCGGCGCAGCUGAUGCACCAGCAGACGCUGCACCUGUCGUCACAUGCCCUGCAGCAGUUGCAGUUGCAGCAGCAGACGCUGUCGCAGCUGCAGGCGCAGAUACAGCAGCAGAUGCAGCUGAACGCGCAACAGCAGAUCCAGCCGUCCCCACGCUGGCAGCAGCCUCAGGCAAUGCAGCAGGCGAGAGGCAGUGGCGGUGGGCGUGUAGCGGACAGGGAUGGUGGCGGGCUGCGAGAGGCAGCAACAUACAGCGGGCCUGCCCGGGAGCAGAGGCCGCUGAGGCGAGCCCAGUCAUACGAGACAGGGUGGGGGAGUAUGCAGAUGCAGGGACAGGGGUUGGGCGGCGCAGCAGGCAGGAGAGGUAGCAUGAGUGAGCAGCAGGGAGCGGAAGGGGGUUCAUGGGGGUAUGGACCGUUUGGUGAAGAGGGUGGGCCACAGGGGGCGGAGGAGGAGGAGGGGAGUGAGUGGGAGGUGGUGUCAGAAGUGGGGGAGUGGGAGGUGACGGAAGUUGGAGGUGGGAGAGUGGGGAGUGGGAAAAGAAAUGGCAGGGGUGAGGCCAUGCAUGGGGGCAGUGGUGGCAUGAACGAGGGUCAGGAUGGGCAUGGCCAAAGAACAGGCAGCAACAGAAACCGAAGCGGUUCAGACUGGUGCUACAUGGCGCAGGCACCCGUUCAGGCACCUGUGCAGGCACCUGUGCAGGCAGGGAGUGGAGAGCAGAGGCAGGAUGGGGAGGAGACCGGGGAGUAUGCACAGGAGGAACAAGAAGGGCCGGAGCUGUAUCGUGAUGGCGACGAGGGGAGUGCUGAUCUGUACUGUGAGGCCAAGGAGGGGUGGAGGGGUGAAGAUGAGAACGGGUCAGGUGAGUGGUAUGUCGAGGAUGAUGACGUUGCCGUUGCUCGGGCAGUAACUGUGCCUGUGGAUGGCCAGGGGCAGCAGAGAUGGGCUGGUGGGGGAGAUGGAGCAUGGCAGGGCAGGUGGAGUGGCAGCUACAGUGAGGAGGAUGAGGAAUAG